AUGACAGAACUGUGUGAGAAGAUAAUGAAAGCAAUCCUCUCUAGCUUCGGUGACGAUCUUCAUCACAAAUAUUACGAAUCCGAGUUUGGAAACUGCCAUGGCUACUUCAGGAUCAACAACUACACAAUCCCUUUGAAAGAAGAUGAUCACAAAGAAGAAGAUGAUUCGAUCGAAGGGCUGGGAAUGCACACCGACAUGAGCUGCAUUACGAUCGUUGAUCAAGACGACAUCGGUGGACUUCAGGUCAGGUCAAGAGACGGGAUUGGUCUCAUGGACAUAAUCCCUAAAGACAACGCCCUCGUCGUCAACGUCGGAGAUCUAUUGCACGCUUGGACCAAUGGACGGCUCAGAUCGUCCCAGCACAGAGUUGUCUUGAAACGACGUGGUUUCGCUGGUAGCAGAUUCUCCCUCGCUUUCUUCUGGUGCUUCGACGAUGGGAAAGUCGUCUUUGCUCCUGAUGUAGUCGUGGGAGGCUGCGAAGGUGCGAGAGUAUUUCAGUCAUUUACGUGUGGGGAUUAUCUGAGGUUUAGAGAGAGUAACGUGAGAGGGAAGUUCGAGAAGGUUGGCUACACGGUCGAAGACUUUGCACGAAUUGAAGACCGUCAUUAA